AACAUGUGAAUCUUUCUAGUGAUGAACUAAACUGGUCUAAAACGCCUCUUAUUUGUCUUUUCUUUAAAGCUGUGCAAGGCCAUGCAACUCCAGAUAUUUCAGUAUGACACCUUCAGAAGGCAUGCAAGGAAUUACAUGGAACCGGCUAUUGUUCAUAAGUGGAAGAUGGAUCAGCAGAGUCAUUUCCAGCAUCAAUUGCACCUUGGUGGGGUGGUUGCAGUAGGAGGAGACAUGAGGGCUGAUUCUCCAGGGCACUCCGCAAAGUUUGGCAGCUACACUCUAAUGAAUCUGGAGAGCAACACCAUUAUGAACAUCCAACUUGUUCAGAGCAAUGAAGUAGGUGGCAGCUAUCAUAUGGAGAAGGAAGGACUGAAAAGAUGCCUAGAUCAUCUGGAGUCGAAUGGAUUGAAGGUGGAUUACAUUGUGACAGACCGUCAUCCACAGAUCCAGAAAUUUCUGAGGGAACGCAGCGUAACUCAGUUCUAUGACGUUUGGCACUUUGAGAAAGGUUUGUCCAAGAAACUUGAGAAAGCUUCGCACAAUGAAGACUGUGAUGUUCUGAAGAAGUGGCUACAGAGCAUCAAAAACCAUGUCUACUGGUGUGCCACGUCAUCAAGCACUGGACCAGAAACGGUGGCAAAAUGGACAUCACUGCUAAACCACCUACAAAAUGUUCAUGUUCAUGAAGACCCCCUUUUCCCCAAAUGUCUGCAUCCCGACCACGUCUCAAGGGACCCUAGCAAAUGGUUACAACCUGGAUCAGUUGCACUUCACAAAGCUGAGAAAAUACUGCUCAACAAGAGAGUCCUGAAGGAUGUAGAGAAACUCAGCCACCAUCACCAGACCUCAUCACUAGAGUCCUUCCACAGCCUGAUACUACGUUUUGCACCAAAGAAUGUAGUUUUCCCCUUCAUGGGAAUGUUGUGCAGGUUGUAUCUAGCAGCAAUGCACCACAAUGAAAAUGCUAUGCGGGAGCAAGCCACAACAUCUACAGGACAGGCCGUUUUCAAGGUUGUUUUUCCAAAGGCGAAGAGGGGGGAAGGCAUUGUGAAGCCCGUGAAAACAAAUCCAACCUUUAACUAUGUACGUGAACUCAUGAGGCUGCUCAUGCAGGAAGUUUUUGAGGACCCUACAUCUCUUGCAGAGGAAUUGAAGACCAUCCCCAUCCCUCCAGACCUCUCAGCAGAAUUCCUGAAAACUCCAAAGGCUGAGCUGGUUGCCCGUCACGUCUCCCGCUUCAAUCAAUAG